GUGUUUUCGCUUGUUUCCCAGAUGGAAAGGAAUGAUAAAGUCGGGUUCGAUGUUCGUUCGACACCCAAUAAGGGUGUCGGAGUUUUCGCGACGCGUCACUUUGCACCAGGUGACUUGAUCAUCAACGAUUCCUGCCUGAUCUCAUCCAGAGGCUGUGAAAAAGGCUCCACAGAAGAACGAGGGCAAUGGGAAAAAAGACUGAAAUUCCAUCUCAAAUCCAGUGUCGAUAAUCUGAGCAGUGCUGAAGACAGACAGAAUUACCUUUGUCUUCGGGACAGAUGCGAAUUCAAAUACAGCGACGAGGCUGUGGAACUCGGAAUUUUGCAGGAAUACGGUCUACCUUUGGGCCAGAACUCGGAGCACUUCGGCUUCUUCCCGAAUGCUUGCAUGGUGAACCAUUCCUGCCGACCCUCAGGAAAUCACGUGUUCAACCCGGAAACCGGAAACGAGGAAAUCCGAGCUGUAACCCAAAUACUGCCGGGUGAUGAAAUCACCGUCUGCUACAUAAACAACGCCUGCUUCGCGAAAACAACGUCGGAGAGACGAAAUGAAAUCGGCGAACGCUUCGGAUUCACUUGUCGAUGUUGCGCGUGUGAGAGUUCGGAUCCGGGUUCGGAGAGGCGUAGAGCAGAAAUCGCCGGGUUGUUGCGCGACAUCCCACGGAUGCGACCGGAAACUGCACUCUUUGCUUUCCAGGCUGUGAUGCAAGUAUUGGACGAAGAAGGAUUCGUGGUUGCAAAAGGCCCUCUUGCAGAACAAGCCCUUCAAAUAGCUCUGGAAAACUUCAAAUACGACGAAGCCUUGACCUGGGCAGAAUUUGCCCUGAAACAAUUCAUCAUCGCAUUUGGCGAAGCAUCGGAACCUGCCAUGAAGCUCAAAAACGUCAUUAAGGAGCUGGGAUGUCAUUAAUCCAUUCAUCAUCAUGCUCCAUCAUUCACAAAUGCAGUAUUUUAUGAAUGUUGAGAAUUCGAAUAUAGAUAUGUGAAGUAUGUGGAAUUGGAAGGUGAUCAAGAAAGCAUAGGAAAAUUUUUGUUUUUCACAGCCAGCAAAUAAAUGUACCGAAAAAUGAAAGAAA